AUGACAUCCCUCAAAAUAACCAAAAAACACCAUAAACACAUCAACAACCCUUUCCCAUCAAACCCAAAGACUCUACCUUUUAUCAAUGGAACUCUAAUUCACAAUCCCCAAACAAUCCCUUCACACCAGAUUUAUGACAUAGGCCUUGAUUUUCAGCUAAGCUGGUCAUCACAAAAUGGAGGCUCCUUCUCAAUCCAUCACAGGGCCCAACCUUCAAGAUCCAUAUGGGCCACAGUCCCGGGCCGGGCCUUCGUCUCUGCAGCCUCAGCCGACACAGAGGUUGAGGAGAGCAGAGGAUCAUUCCUCAUCAAGGACAAAAACCUCCAUUUCUUAUGCACCCACCAAACAGUUGAUGAUGUAAGAAGGGUCAUACAAGAAUCUAACCAACAUGAUCAUCAAAUUCAAGAUUCACCAUUUUUGCAAGAACCAGCUGUUAUGAUCAAAGGUAGGAUUUUUAAUGAUGAUAAGAGCUGUUAUGUAAAGUAUUGGUUUGUGUUUGAUCAGAAAAACAGCAAACAAGUCGGGUUUCGAGUGAGGUUGGGCAAACCGAAUUUCGAGCAAGCACAGAAGUUCUCUCCAAGAAGAUAUGGUUACAGAGGUUUUGCACGAAAAGUGGGUCGAAUACGGGUCGGGUGGUGUGGAUAUGUGAAAAGCAGAGCGGCCAUAGCGUUUUCGCCUGCACAGGAUGAGAAUGUGGCAAUGAAGAAUGCUGUUUGUCCCGAUUUUAACAGGAUUUGCAUAACGUAUUCGAGUGAGAAAACCGAGAGGUUUUAUGGUUUUGGGGAGCAGUUCUCUUACAUGGACUUGAAAGGGAAAAGAGUGCCGAUAUUCGUUCAAGAGCAAGGGGUCGGGAGGGGCGAUCAACCGAUCACUUUUGCUGCUAAUUUGGUUAGCUAUAGGGCGGCCGGUGAUGAGAGUACGACUUAUGCACCUUCGCCUUUUUACAUGACCUCGAAAAUGAGGUCUCUUUACCUUGAAGGGUACGAUUAUUCGGUUUUCGAUCUAACAAAGGAUGAUUGUGUACAGAUACAGGUAUAUGGAGACAUGAUAGAAGGUAGAAUACUAUGCGGAAAAUCACCUGUCGAGCUUAUUGAGAACUUCACAGAAGCCAUUGGGAGACCUCAACAGCUUCCUGAAUGGAUAAUAUCAGGGGCUGUGGUGGGAAUGCAAGGCGGCACGGAUAAAGUACGAAGUAUUUUGGAUAAGCUUCAAGCCAUGAAUACCCCAAUAUCUGCAUUUUGGUUGCAGGAUUGGGUAGGACAAAGGAAAACUGUUAUCGGCUCCCAAUUAUGGUGGAACUGGGAAGUCGAUUCGACUAGAUACUCGGGAUGGAAACAACUGAUAAAAGAUCUUAGCUCACAGAAUAUAAAAGUGAUGACAUAUUGCAACCCUUGUUUAGCUCCGAUGGAUGGGAAGACAAACAUAAGAAGAAAUCUCUUUGAGGAGGCUAAGAAUUUGGACAUCCUAGUGAAAGACCAAAAAGGAGGGGCUUACAUGGUUCCCAACACGGCUUUCGACGUGGGAAUGUUGGAUUUAACGAAUCCUAAAACGGGAAGUUGGUUCAAGCAGAUUCUGCAAGAAAUGGUGGAUGAUGGAGUUAAGGGUUGGAUGGCUGAUUUUGGUGAAGGUUUGCCUGUGGAUGCUUGUCUCUAUUCAGGAGAAGAUCCAAUCACUGCCCACAACCGAUACCCUGAAAUAUGGGCACAAAUAAAUCGAGAAUUCGCUGAUGAGUGGAGGACUAGCAAACAACAAGAGCCCUUGGUUUUCUUCAUGAGGGCUGGAUUUCGAAACAGCCCCAAAUGGGCUAGCUUGUUCUGGGAAGGAGACCAGAUGGUGAGCUGGCAGGCUAACGAUGGGAUUAAGAGUGCGGUUUUGGGCUUGCUAAGCAGCGGGCUUUCGGGUUAUGCUUUCAACCACAGUGAUAUCGGAGGAUAUUGUUCGGUGAGCUUAUUACCGUUUUUUAUAAAGUACAAAAGGAGUGAAGAGCUUCUGCUUAGGUGGAUGGAGCUGAAUGCAUUUACAACUGUCUUUCGAACACAUGAAGGAAAUAAGCCACAAAGCAACACUCAAUUCUAUUCGAACCAAAGAACCUUAUCUCAUUUUUCCCGGUUCGCCAAGAUAUACAAUGCAUGGAAAUUCUACAGAAUCCAACUAGUGAAGGAAGCAUCUGAAAAGGGUCUGCCCGUUUGUCGACACCUAUUCAUUCACUAUCCAGAUGACGAACACGUGCAAAUGCUAACCUACGAGCAGUUUCUAGUAGGCACCGAGAUCCUAGUUGUGCCUGUUCUUGACAAAGACAAGGAGUUUGUUAAGAGGCUCACAAAACCAUACUGUCUCAAAAUUCAGGAAAACAAGUAUGCUAAAGCCACUGGUUUCAAGCUCGAUUUUAGUCUCGGUCAGCCUCGAGCUAUAUGCUAA